AUGAAGUUUUUUCUUGUCAUCUUUUUAGUGCCAUUUACAAUAUGCAGUACAAAUAUUGCUAUAACGCCGGAGUUGUUGGAAAGCGUGUUUGGAAAUCCAGGCCUGUCUACUAGCGAAACGAUAACGCAGGCGUUUGCGCAGGCCUCACCCGUAUCUCCUCCAAAAAAUGAUGCCCAGGCCGCCACUCAAUAUGAGAACGUAGAUCAAUAUCUACCAUCCAAUGUGAAUUACGACAAAUUCGAUUGGACGCUUACAAAGCGUGUAGCAGCGAGUUCCCAAGAAAACUUCCUGAUAUCACCUUUGGGGCUUAAAUUAGCGUUGGCUAUACUUAUGGAAGCUUCGACGGGGAUUACUCAAGUAGAGCUCUCUUAUGUAUUGGGCUUAGAUACUGAUAAAAACGCCGCGAGGCAAAAAUUCGCGAUGAUCUUAGAUUCUUUACAUACGAAGUCCUCACAAUAUAUCUUGAACUUAGCUAGCAGAAUAUAUAUUGGUGGUAAUAUAGUACCACAACAACGCUUCUCUGCCGUAGCAGAACAGUUCUACAAAACUGAAUUAAAGCCAUUGAAUUUUACUGAUCCAGCAAGUGCCGCGAAGAGUAUCAAUCAAUGGGUAUCUAAUAACACUGAAGGAAGAAUCAAUCAUUUAGUUGAUAUGGAUGAUGUAAAUGGCGUGUCAGCUCUAGUACUUAACACAAUAUUCUUCAAAGGUACUUGGCUCUAUCAAUUUCCACCAAAUGUAACUAAGAACGAUGCAUUCUACGUCACAGCUAAGGAAAAGAAAGAUAUACCUUUCAUGAAUGUUAAGAAUAAAUUUUAUUAUACUGAGUCUACACGAUUUAACGCGAAAAUUUUGAGGAUGCCAUAUUUAGGAAACAAAUUUGCAAUGUACAUCAUAGUGCCGAAUUCUCUCACUGGCUUGCCAUCACUAUUUAACGAGCUAAGUGAUAUUCGUUCAGAGUUGUAUUACCUUCAAGAAUCUAUUGUAGAUAUUACUCUUCCUAAGUUCCAGUUUGAAUACACGUCCUUAUUGGAUGGAGUUCUAAAAGAGCUUGGCGUCAGGCAGGCGUUUGAAGAUACAGCCUCCUUUCCCGGUCUCACUCGUGGACAGUAUCUCUAUAACAGGAUGAAGAUCUCCAAAGUAUUACAGCAUUCUGGUAUUGAAGUCAACGAAUUAGGCAGUGUCGUAUAUUCGGCUACAGAAGUUGCUCUUGAGAAUAAAUUUGGCGAAGACGGGAUGCCAAAUGCCGAAGUGAUUGCCAACAAGCCUUUCCUAUUUUUCAUACAAGAUGAGCAAACCAGACAAUUGCUGUUCACUGGGCGCGUUUCUGACCCUUCACUUCCCAUAGGUGCCUUUAAAAAGACA